AUGAGAUGGUAUCACAUAUUGCUUCUGGCUGUCCUUCAAAUAGCUGGUCUUCUAGUAUUUUGCUUGGGUUUUUUUCCUUCCAAAGUCGUGUUGAAAGGGUUUGGUGAAUUUGAUAAUGGUAAUUAUGAUCCACAAUUCAAUAAGAUAGUUUUCAUGGUUGUUGAUGCUCUAAGGAGUGAUUUCAUCUUUUCAGAAGAUUCUUCGAUGCUAUAUGUGCAAAGUCUUCUAAGAGAAGGUUCUGCUUUGGGAUUCACCGCAUAUUCUAAUCCGCCAACAGUUACACUACCCAGAUUGAAAGGUAUAACAACCGGGUCAACUCCAAACUUCCUAGAUGCUGUAUUGAAUGUUGUUGAAGAAGACUCAUCAUCAACGUUGGCUAAUCAAGAUAGCUGGAUUACUCAAUUGAAAAAAGCAGAUAAGCGUAUCCAUAUGUAUGGUGAUGAUACAUGGAUUAAACUUUUUCCUUCUGUGUUUGACGAGGUUGAUGGUACUGGAAGUUUUUUUGUUUCAGAUUUCACAGAGGUUGAUAACAAUGUUACACGUCAUCUUGAUCACGAGCUUUCUGAACAGUCAUGGGACUGUUUAAUUUUACAUUAUUUAGGCCUUGAUCAUAUAGGACAUAAAGGUGGUCCAAAAUCUAUAUUCAUGUCACCCAAACAACGUGAAAUGGAUUCCAUAGUGGAAAAAAUCCAUUCAAAACUUGAUGAUGACACACUUAUGGUAUUACUAGGGGAUCAUGGUAUGAAUGAUAUAGGGAAUCAUGGGGGAUCUUCUGCAGGUGAAACGUCAGCAGGACUGGUGUUCAUUUCUAAUAAGUUGAGGAAAUUGAAUAGUAACGCUAAAGUACCAUUACCAAAAAAUGAGGACUUCAAGUUUUUGACAAAGGUUCAACAAAUCGAUUUAGUUCCUACUAUUUCAAAUCUUUUACGUCUACCAAUACCUAGAAAUAACUUGGGUAUAAUGAUCAAGGAGUUUCUUCCUUUGUGGUCAGCUGAUCAACAAUUGAACUUGAUGAAAGAGAACUUAAAAAAUUAUGAAAACUUGAAAGGUGAAGUCACAAAUUUAGAAGACAUCAAUAUGAUAUAUGAUUUUUUGAUCAACUCACAAUCUGGAUUGACACAAUCUGCUACAAACUAUCUAACUGAUAAAAUGCUCUGUGGAAUUGUUAUGUUAAUUUUUUCCUCCCUUUUUGUUUUGCUUUAUCUAUACAAUACUGUACAGUUGUAUUCAAUCUGGUUUUACUCUUUAAAUAUACUUUACGGGAUCACAAUGUUCGGAAGUAGUUUCGUUGAAGAAGAGUAUCAAAUAUGGUGGUGGUUUGCAACCUUUUUUAUUGUGUUUUUAUGCUAUGGUAGACCCUCGAACUUGCUUUACAUCUUGUUUUUAAUCAGGUUAGUUAGAGGUUGGAACAAUACAGGUCAAAAGUAUAUUGGUGAUACAAUUUUCCAGUACUUGCAGGAACACCCGUUUAUAAAUUGGUUAUUGGUAUUUUUGACUAUUUCUGUUUAUGGAUUUAGCUUAAAUAAUGGAGCAUUUUCAUUAUUUAGUCCAUUGUUAUCAUUCUUGAUUUCAUUCUUACUUUCAAUUACUUGCUUCACCUUUAAAUUAUUGUUUAGUUUGGCCAAUGGUGAUGAGAUACCAAAAGAAUUGGUAGGGUUAGCCGCAUUCACUAUGGAAUCUCUUGGUGUUGAUAACGCACAGGACAGUUUGAUCGAUUUAGCAAGAAUGUUUUAUUAUAUGGUUCUUGCUGUGCUGGUAUUGAGACUGGGCUUGAAAUUCAAAUCCUAUGAUUACUGGUUUUUUACUGACCUCCAUAAUUUAUUAUCUUUUGUUUUGAUUUUUCAAACAUCUUUACAAAAUAUUCCGUUGUUUUUAGUGUUUUUGGGUAUCAAACAUCAAGUAGGGUUGGUAUCAGGAAAUUCCAUGGGCCUGAAAAAAUCUAAUAGGAUUAGUUUUGUCUCUUUAUUUUGCCUCAUUUUACAACAUUUAUCUUUCUUCAGUUUAGGUCAGAGCAAUUCAUUGGCAACAGUGGAUCUUUCAAAUGCAUAUAAUGGUAUUUCAGGCUAUAAUAUUCUUGCGGUUGGAGUCUUGACUUUCAUUUCAAACUUUUCUACACCAAUUUUCUGGUCUUUUGGAUCUCUUUCCAUUUUAUUUGAAAACAAAGAGAAACUUGCACCAAUAAAAUAUGAGGUUUUGAAGACUAGGUGGCUUGUAUCUACAUCUUUCUACACAAUAGGUACCACUUUCACAUUGAUUGCAUGUUAUGCCUUAAGAUAUCAUUUAUUUAUAUGGACUGUAUUUAGUCCAAAGCUACUUUACACUCUAGCUUGGAAUUUACUCAUGAAUGGAUUGGUAGAAAUUUUGUGUUUAUUACUAACCAUUUUGCAUUAA